AUGGCGUGCGCUCCUGAGCAAGUCGAAGCGGUACAGAAAAAUCUCCGAUCAAAGAUACCAGCUGUACGUGAAACUUUCCACCGUCAGAGCUUCACUUUACAGCGUAUUGAGGAGGGCGACUGCACUUACGAGGAACCCCGACAGACGUGCGACUGCACCUACGAGAAACCCCGACAGACGUGCGACUGUACGUACGAGAAACCUCAAGAGACGUGCGACUGUACGUACGACAAACCUCAAGAGACGUGCGACUGUACCUACGACGAACCCCGACAGACGUGCGACUGUACCUACGACAAACCUAAAGAGACGUGCGACUGUACGUACGACAAACCUCAAGAGACAUGCGACUGCACCUACGAAGAACCCCGACAGACGUGCGACAGUACCUACGACGAACCGCAUCAGACGUGCAACUGUACGUACGAGAAACCUCAAGAGACGUGCGACAGUACCUACGACGAACCCCGACAGACGUGCGACUGCACCUACGAGAAACCUCAAGAGACGUGCGACUGUACGUACGAAGAACCCCGACAGACGUGCGACUGUACGUACGAAGAACCCCGACAGACGUGCGACUGUACGUACGACGAACCGCAAGAGACUCGCGAUGAACCCCGACAGACGCACGACGGUACGGACGAACCCCCUGCGAUCAGACUUAUACCGCCGCCAUCUCAAGAAGCAUCUCAACACGCGGAAAGACAAACAGAUGCGCCCCAGGAGGACCCGCCAUCGGCUUCAGACACGGGAGAGGGAGAGGACCAGAAGUGUUCCCUGCCCGUGAAGUUUCCACUCCGCAGUGUUCUCACCACCGCUGCCGUGAUCAUUGUUAUCCUCAUCAUCAUUCCCAACAUCACGACUGUCUCAAACAUGGCCGGGAGGACGACAGCUCAUCCAGACACACAGGUGAGAGACAGACAGACAUUUUCAAUCUACUUAUGUCAUGCCCCGACUCCAUAUCUACUCGCAUCAAGCAUGCCCACCAUAUCGUGCAGAGCUGAUAUCAGGAAGUCAAGAGCAGGCCUGACACUACGCACUGGACCCCUGGCCAACAAAAUAAGUCCGCUUGCAGUCGCUAUUUCAAACAACAACGAUGAAAUCUUCAUAGCUGAUUAUAACAAUUGGUGUAUCUUAGUAUACAACACCACAGGGGCUUGUAUUGGCCAUUUCAAAACCAUGGUGCUAAACGAAGUCCUUGGCUUUUUGACCCGUUUUCGUCCUGUUGGCGUGGCAGUGGACAGGGAGGGGGGCAUUUGGGUGGCGGGGCAUAACUAUGUGGUCAGAUAUAACAGAGAGGGCGGAAUUCUUUGCCGCAUUUUCAUAAGUGGUAGGCUGGCAUACGGGGUCGCCGUCAACAGUGAAACAGGCGAGGUUAUUGUUGUUGGAUGUGACCAUAAACCCGUGAGGAAUUCGACUGGGUGCAGUACCAGCAUCUACCGCCAGGACGGCACUCUCGUGCGUGGUAGGUUCACCACAGGGCCCGAGAUGAAGGGACCCGGGUAUGUGGCAGUGGGGAAGGGCGGGAAGAUCUUUGUGUCGGACUGGUUCGGGGACUCUGUUAACGUGUAUGACAGCAAAGGGCGGUUUGAAUUCAGCUUUAGAGUGCUUGAGCGCGCUGGGCGGAAAGAUAGACUGUUGGAGGGUCCGCGUGGUCUGUGUUCCGUUAGUUCUGGUCAUAUACUGGUGUCGGAUUUUGGAAACAACCGGGUUGCCAUGUUUACCGCUACGGGUCAGUUCGUGCGUGACAUGGUCACUGAUAUCAGAAAACCACAUGGCGUGGUCUUCAGAGGGCGUUUAUUGGUCAUUGUUGGUGAGAGUAUUAAAAUUUACACUCAUUACAUUAUCAAUUAGAGAGUAGGACCGGCAGCAUAUAGCCUCUACCAGGUACACUUCUAAG